AUGGCACCCCAAACAAGCAUUCCCGUUGCCGCUAACAUCCUUGGUACAAUUGGCACGGUCUUUUGGUGCAUACAAUUGGUGCCGCAGAUAUGGUACAACUGGAAGCAGAAGAAAACGGAUGGCCUGCCUGGAUUGAUGAUGUUCCUGUGGGCUAUUUCGGCCGUGCCCUUUGGUGUAUAUGCAAUUGUUCAGAACUUCAACAUGCCAAUCCAGAUCCAGCCACAGGUCUUCUGUGCGCUUGCACUGGUUAGCUGGGGCCAGGUCUUGAUAUACAAUAAAUUGCUCGUGCAGCAUCCUUCGUUGACCAAAGCCGUUUCUAGCAAAUGGACGACACGGAAAGCCUCUGUCGUAGGAACGGUAGUGGGAGUAGCAUUCGGAGGGAUCGAAGCCCUUCUGAUCCUCACAAUCAGACCGCUUUAUGACCGUCAAGUUGCAUGGCCCAUCAUGUUCGUGGGCAUUGUCGCUGCGAUCUUACUCGCAGUAGGUUUUUUGCCCCCUUACUUUGAGCUCUGGAAACGAUCGGGGAGGGUUGUCGGCAUCAAUUUCAUUUUCCUCACCAUCGACUGGCUGGGCGCGUUCUUCUCCCUCAUGGGCGUUGUGGCACAAAAUACUUUCGACCCCCUCGGUGGAUGUCUUUUCAUAGUCUGUAUUGUUAUCGAAGGCGGUAUCUUCGUCUCCCAAGGUAUCUGGCUUUUCCGCACCCGCAAACUCCGCGCCGCAGCGAAGCGCGCUGGCCGAGACUUGGACGAGCUUCCACAGUCGGACGUUUACCAUGUUGAAGUGCCGAGAAAGGGCAGUAUAGCAGCGUCCAGAGACGUGGAACGUGACGAAAUUGCCAGGAGGGGCAGUCUGGCUGUAGCGAGAGAUUUGGAGCAUGGGGAAGGGAGCAUGUUGUCUGUACUGCAACAGUUGGAAGACGGUAUUAGUAAAGAGUCGAGGUCCAAGACCGAUGUCGAGGUAAGGUGCGAGGAGGUACGGGCUGGAAGUCUUGAAGGAGUGCAGGAGAUCGACUAUGGGACUAUGGAGAGGAGUUCAGCUGCAUCGAGGACGAGUGGUAGCAGGAAGCACGAGCGGAGUAGGAUGUUGAGACUGUCUCAAAUACCACCAUUUCACUAUGCCGCAUCAGGGAUAGCUAAUAUUCACCGCUGGUUGUUGUGCACUCCCUUCGCAGUCUGGAUGAGUUAG